CCAAGGCUAGGAAGAACCCAGUGACUGGGAUCAAACUGCCUAAAUGAGAAGAAGAGCAUUUCUGCAGCAACGAGAAAGCCGUUAAACUCCCGCUAAGCUAGCCGUCUCUUUUAUGCGUCCAUGCACACGACCGACCUCCUCUAUCACUGACCAGGGAUUAUUUCUGCCAAUCCAGGAUAUUCCAAAGCUUGGAGACAUAUGGCUGGAAAAUGAAACGACCCUGGAGUGUGGCCACAUCUUACUUUGUGUCGCUUGGUACCAGAUGGGCAAUCAGUGAAUGAUGCAGAGAUGUGAACGGACAGUUUUAUAAUGUGAAUUUCCCCCCAUAACGCCAAAAACAUUUUCCCUCUCAUUUCUUUGGGUUUGUAAUACGUGGAUUUUUCUCCUCUCUGCAAUAUCAAUUGACUCAACUUUGCAGUGUGGUGGCCAAAAAGGAAGAGGUUGAAGCCUUCUCUAAAAUCUUAGUAAGUGUCGGAGGAGCCACAGCACCCUGGAAAUUGCGGCUGCGACCGGCCCCGUCCUGUGCGGAUUUCUGGGCCCCGAACAGCGCAAGCGGUUAUGGAGCGGACGGUGCACUCCAUCCGCCGCCCAGGAUAGAGACCCGGGCUCCGGGAGGGGUCUGUUCAUUUCGCCGCAGCCUAGGAGGCCGCUGCUGCCUCUCAUCCUCCGCGUUUUAUUACCAUUAUCCUCGUUCUUGAAAAGUCAUGGAAGACGGCCCGCUGCCAGACCUCAGAGACAUCGAGCUGAAGCUGGGGCGCAAAGUCCCCGAGAGCCUAGUGCGCUCGCUCCGUGGGGAGGAGCCGGUUCCCCAGGAAAGGGACAGGGACCCCUGCGGGGGAGGCGGCGGCUGCAGCAGCCGCAGCAGCAGCUGCAGCUUCCCUCCCUCCCUGUCGUCCUCCUCGUCGUCCUCCCCAACCUCUGGCUCCCCACGUCGUAGCCGCUGCGGCGCCCUGGAGAGGCUGGAAACCAAGCUGCACUUCCUGAGACAAGAGAUGGUCAACCUCAGAGCCACAGAUGUGAGACUCAUGCGCCAGUUGCUUGUUAUCAAUGAGAACAUUGAGUCCAUCAAGUGGAUGAUUGACGAGAAAGCCACCACUACCAGCCGAGGAAGCAGUCUCAGCGGCAGCCUAUGCAGUUUAUUGGAGAGUCAGAGCACCUCCUUACGUGGCAGCUACGAGAGCCUACAUGAUGGCAGUGAUGGGCUGGACGGCAUCUCCGUGGGGAGCUUUCUGGACACUUUGGCAGAUGAUGUCCCAGGCCAUCAGACCCCCUCAGACUUGGACCAGUUCAGUGACAGCUCCAUCAUAGAGGACUCACAAGCACUGCACAAGCACCCCAAACUGGAUUCUGAAUACUACUGCUUUGGCUAAUGACCCAGGUUUUUGCAUGGGAUUGGUGUGCAAUUAACUUGUAUUUAUCCUUCUUCUCUGCUGCUAUAUUUUUGGUGUGAUUUUUUUUAUAUGACAACCUUUUUUAAAAAAGCUUAUUUUGAAACUGCUUGAUGAUAAUUCUGUUGCUCCUAAUAUUUCUCAUCUGGACUGAUUGAUCUUUCUCUCAUACAUCUCUAUUUUUAUUUAUUACAAUGAUUUUUUCUCCCUUCUUUACAGUGGCACAAAUAAAGUAAGGGGAAAAAGAAUAAGCAAUAAUUAUGUUUUUGCUUUUGUUUUCAGAGCAAGGGGUCAGGGAUUACCAAAAAAAAAAAAUAUCUUUGCUAAAUUUUACAAUAAACCAAAGUCUGAUAGAAGUUAA